CUAAACCCCGAAGCCAAACGAAGAAGAAUAAAUCCCACCUUUUUCUGCUGUUUAAUUCUUUUUUUUGUGUUCAACAAGUGAAUUGCCAAGACGGGUCUUCCUGUGUGGAUGCUCGGGUUGGGUAUGGAUCGGUUGCGGGCCGACAUGAAUCGUCUACUGGCCUUACUCUUCCACCAGGGAGUGCUGGAUGAGCAAUUCUUGCAGCUUCAGCAGCUACAAGAUGAGAGCUCCCCGAACUUUGUCUCCGAGGUUGUCAACAUCUAUUUCCAUGAGUCGGAGAAGCUCUUAAAAAACCUCAGAGCACUCUUGGUGGAGAGGGAGUUCUCGGACUACAAGAAAAUGGGAAUCCAUUUGAAUCAGUUCAUGGGAAGCAGCUCCAGCAUCGGUGCCAAGAGAGUCAGAAACGUAUGCGUUGCGUUUCGCGCCGCUUCUGAACAGAACAACCGUGCCGGGUGUUUGAGAGCUUUGGAGCUGCUAGAACAUGAGUAUUGCUACCUGAAAAACAAAUUGCACGAACUGUUCCAAAUAGAACAGCAAAGAGUUUUGGCAGCCGGAGUUAGGUACCCGAUGCACAACUAAAAGCGAGCCAUAAUAACUGCAGGGUAUUUGAGUGCCACCGCCGUUGUUCGAGGUUCUUUCUUUGUUGAUCCCCCCGCCCCCCCACAAAGAAAAAAAAAAGAAAAGAAGUAGACAUGCAUGUAAUGUACUUCAUAGGAAAUCGAGAAGGGAGGAGCUGUCUUCAAUGUAGAGUUGUUGUUUUGUCUUGAAUAAUGUUGAAUGCGAAUCAAUUGGGUGUACUAACUCUGAUGUCAAACUAUAAUUACCAUCUUUUUCUAAUGGAGCU